AAUUAUUAUGAUGUUAAUUUUUCACAUUUGAAUAAAUGUUAUAAAUAAUUAUCAUCAAAUAAUAAUUAAGUUGAUAUAAAUAUAUUAUGUCAGUGUCGACUGUCGGGAUUUUAUGAUCAUAUAGGUACCUAUUAUAAUAUCAAUAUAAUAACUUUUUUCUUUAUUUGUAAUUAUUUUUAAUUGCAAUUAAACUGUAUGAGUAAAAAUGGUAAAAAAUUAUCGUGUCGUUGUAUUUGGCGUGAAAGGCGUUGGUAAGACAGCAAUAUUGGAACAAGCUAUUUAUGGACAUUUUAGUAAAAAUUACAAACUGUGGCCUACUAUCGAGGAUAUAUACCAGGCUUCUAUAGAUAUUGGCAAAGGGGUACGUGAACAAGUUCGUUUUUAUGAUACUGCUGGUUUGGAUUUGACACAGUUACCCGAGGUUGGAUUGUAUUCAAAUCCAGAUCCUUCGCUUAUGUUGUCUUUUGGUCAAAUAGCUAAGCAGUAUGCGUCCAUUGCAGAUGCCUUUAUACUAGUAUAUGAUACAAGUCGACCAGAAACAUUUGAUUGCUUGGUCACAUUAAAAAAAGAAAUUGAUAAGAAUAAGGAAAAAAAAGAUGCUUUUUAUGUCAUUAUUGGCCAUAAAAUGCGAGAAAUGGAUAUCAAAGCUCCAACUUUAGAGUGUCCUACAAGUCGAGCUUCCCAUUGGUCUAUUAGAGAAAAAAUGAAACAUUUUGAAGUUAAUGCUUUAGACCGGACAAGUUUAUUUGAACCAUUUAUUUAUAUUGCAACAAAAUUUAAUACUGUACAACCAAAGAGCAGUUUUCCUCAGCUAGUACGAAAAGGUACUCAACACUGAUGCCUAUUAAUGCCAUUGAUUUUAUAGUAUUGUUAUAGGUAGUAUACUGGUAUUUUAUACUAUAAUUAAUUGUACAAUUAAUAACCUCUAUAAAUAUUUUAAUGUUAAAAUUGUUAUGAGCAUUUUAUAAUAUUGUUAUAAUUUUUGUUUUUGUUGCUAGUCAGGUGCAGUGGCGUGGUGAACGGUUAGGUUAGGUUUUGCAUCUGAGAUUUUUCUUAAAUAGAGCGGGUAGGUGGUAAACGGUGGGUCCCCUAGUAUAAAUAUAAUACGAUAUACUCAAUAGGUAGUCAAUAACGAUCUGAAAUUUAAUUAGUUAUAUUAUAUUAACACCUUAUUAUGCAUUAAGACUUGGGAUAUUUGUAACUUGCCUCUGGAAAAUGUUUAGUUCGCUACGUCACUGGUCAGGUGACUACUGAGUGCCUUCCCAAUUCAAUCAUUCCCGUUACUUAUAAGUUAUAACAUUUAACCCAUUACUGCCAGUUUUUUUAUUUACAAUUUUAACCAACAUUUUCUUGAAAACUUUUGUUAUACCUCAAAAAUGAUUGUAGAAAAAUCUUUGUUGCAAUAUGGCAAUGUACAGCAUUGGUGGGUUAAUAAACAUUGCUUAUUUUACUCAUGUAUACAUUGAAACUAAUUUAUUUUUAAAAAAAACAAUUUUUUUAAAAAUUUUAAAUAACUUACAUUGUUUUAAAACUACUUACCUUUAAAUUUGUAAUAGGCAAUAAAUUCACUCUAAUAUUAAAAAUAAUAAGAAAAAAUGAAUUAUUAAAUGUAAAGUUUGAUGUGUUAUACGUUAGUAAUAAAGGUAAAACUACAACUUAUAAAUUCACAUAUUCGUUACAAAUUUUGAUAUUUUGUGUAUUAUAAUUAAAUAUAAAAUGUAUUAUUAAAAUAUAAUAAUAAUAUAAUACUUAUUUUCAUCUUUCAAAACACUUGUUAACAGGGUAUUUUCUACAUUUCUUGAAUAAAAUUAAACUUUUAGAAAUCGCUAAUUUUAGUUUUCAGAAUU